AUGAAAUUCCUAAAGAAGACCACAAUACUCAAGCAGCAGUCGAAACGACAGACGGAAAACUCGGAAUCCUUCGUGGACGAUGAAUGCGAGGAAAACGAGCCGAAUGCAAAAGGUGCUGGGAUCCGUACACUUGACGUGAUAACCGGAGAUGUGAAAUUAAAAAAAAAAUCUUAUGAGCUCUCUACUUCUUUGAGCUGGGAUGAGGUUGCUCAUACGUGCUCUGAUCUUCGAUAA